UCGAGUGACGUGUUCAGCGUAGCAUCGGACAGGACCGGUAGCUUCUUUCCAAAACAAGAAUUACGUCGCUUUACCGUGAAGCAGAUGCGUUAGUCUUCCUCCUACCUCAUGCACUGUCGCGUGCUCUAGCAUGACCAUGCCCUCCACGUCAGCACAUCACGUGUCGACCGCAGCAUCGCGUGGCACGUCAUUCGUGUUGGAUGGCGUCUCGCAGGGAUCGCCAGUACAAGAAGCCGGCGCGGUAGAGGGGCAGAUAAAUAGCGCAGGAGAGUGUAUGAACCAGGAGGACGGAGGUCGCAAUAACGGAGCCUUUUCUAACGGGAAUGCCGAUUUUCUUGUCGACAACUCUCGUCCUGAAUACAAGGAGCAGGGUGGUAUCCAGGGCGGGGUUGAUGAUGGAAUGAAUGGCCCUUUUAAGGACAUCGCAACCGUCGAUGGUGAGACGACAGGUCGAAUCAACGGUGAUGGAAGAAGGCUCAGUGAUAUGGCUGGGCCUGAAAUAGGUGGUAUGGAUGGAGGGUUAUUUGACCAUGCUAAGAUAGGGUUACCUAACCAUGUUACAUUAGGGUUACCUGACACUGUGGACAUGGGGUUGUCUGACCAUGCCCUUGAAGGGAUAUCUGCCGCUAUGGGUGCUGCAGGUGCCAUGGGUGCUGCAGACGCCAUGGGUGCUGCAGAUGCCAUGGGUACUGCAGAUGCCAUGGGUGCUGCAGAUGCCAUGGGUGCUGCAGACGCCAUGGGUGCAGACGCUAUGGGUGCAGCAGACGCUGGUAGCGCUGCAGGGAGGGCGGGGAGGGAGAACGAUGGUGAGAGCGAGAAGGGGAGUCAGAGCGAGCGGGAAAGUGAGAGUAGUGAAAGUGAGAGUGAGGAGGGAGAUGAGGAGGACGAGGAAAAGGAGGAGCAACACAUGCAUGGGUAUGGGGUGGGUUCGGAAAAUGAUGUGAGCGGUACAGGCAUGGGGGUGGAUGGUGGCAUGGGGGUGGAUGGUGGUGUGGGGGUGGAUGGUGGUGUGGGGAUGGAUGGCUGUUUAGGAAUAGAUGACUAUAAUGAGGGUGCUGCAAUGCGUGUCGAUGCCGAUGCUGCUGAUGUUGCUGAUGCUGCUGCUGCUGCCGAUGCUGCUGCAAUGAGUGUCGAUGCCGUUGAGACUGCGGGUGAUGCCACCAACACGCCUGCUGCUGCUGCUGCUGCUGCUGCUGCUGCUGCUACUGCCGCUGAUGCGGCUGAUGCUCGCCCCGCUGCUGUCACUGCCGCCAGCAGUGCCAUCCCCACUGAUGAUGGCAGUGCUGCUCCUCUUGCUGUUGGCACCACAACGGCACACCUUCCUGCUGCAGCAGCUACAGCCCAUGCUGCUACUGCUGCUCCCACGGGCCCUCAUCUAGCUCCUACUGGCACCAACGGCCCCCCUGCUGCCGCUACCACAGCUGCUUCCAAUACAGCAGGUGCUGCUGCUGGUAACACGGUAGCUGCUGCUGCUGGUGGUCCAAGUUCGGCAGGCAGGAGUGCGUCAGCAGCACCGCGGCAGAUGGAGGUGGUGUGCUUGAGCGACGAUGACGAUGAUGAAGAUGAUGAUGAUGAUGAUGAUGACGACAGUGAUAAGGAAUUCGCAGAGCAGCAGCUGCAGCACCUUUUGUGGCAGCAGCAGCAUCGGCAGCAGCAGCAGCAGCAGCAGCAGCAGCAGCAAGGGCGGCAGCAGCAGGACCAGGUGGGUGGCGGCAGGAGGAACGCCAACGAGAAGAACCGCAACACGAGCAGCAGCAGGGGGGGGUAUACUGGUAACAGAGCAGGCAGUAACGAGGACGAGGAUGUGGUGGAGCUGAGCGGGCAGGAGGUGCAGCAGGCCAUGCUGCAGGCGAGGCUCAGGAAUGCGCAGCGCCAGAUGAUGAGGAGCAUGGGGGGCGGCAUGCCGGGCGGCACGAUGGGAGGCGCGGUGGGCGGCGCAGUGACCGGCAUGGCCGAGGGGAUGACAGGAGGAAUGGGAAGCGGCGUAGGGGUAGGUUUAGGGUCAGGGACGGGCGCUGGCAGUGGGAGGCGGGAGGCAAGGGAGCGGAGAGGUGCGGAGAGGGAAGGGACGGCUGCAGAGGGAACUGAGGGGGGAGAGGGGGAGGCGGGGAGUCAGGGGAGUGAGAGGAGUGUGGUUAGUGUGGUGAGUGAGGGGAGUGGGGAUGAGUUGGAUGAUGAGGUGAGUCAGGAGUGGAGGCAGCUGGGGAAGUGGAAGGCGGCCUAUGAGCCGCCGCAGCAGAAGGCCCAGCAGCAGCAGCAGCAGCAGGCUUGGCGUUGGCAGCAGCAGCAGCAGCAGCUGCAGGAGGCGAGGGAGCAGCUGCAGCUAGAGCAGGAGGUGCGAGGGAGGUUCGGAGAGAGAGUAAUGAUUCGAGACGAGGACGGCGACGAAGAGGACGAGGAUGAGGAGGAAGUGAGAAGGGGGAGAGAAAGAGAGGGUGGCAGUGCCCAGCAGUGGUUUGGGGCUGGGAUGGGGGGAAGAGGAGGGGUGGGGGGAGGAGUGGGAGGGGGGAGAGGGGUGGAUCGGGAGGCAGCGAGGCGAGAGCAUGUGGAGGCGAGGAGGAGGAGCGCGGCCCAUGUGCUGAAGCACUUCAGAAGUAUCCGCGAGCAGGGGCUGGUGCAGCGGCUGCCACAACCGCCUCAUGUAGCACAGCAAGCACACACACCACAUGCAGCGCAUGUGCUACCGGAGGUGGUAUCGCUUCCGGCAUAUAGGCAGCUGCCAGCAAGCAUCAGAGGCUCGAGCAGUGAGGGGCAUGGGGCCCACACGGACGGGAGCAGGGAAGGGGAGCAAGCAGCCAAGAGGAUGCGAGUAGAUGCGGGAACCGCACAGAACCACAUCCCACCUGGUCACAACUAUCCCCCGCUUGCAUCUUCGUCCUCCCAUCUUCCUCCUCCUCAUCUCUCCCACCACCACCAUCACAGUCACCACUACAACGAUUCCCACCUGCACCAGCACCCCCAUCAACCCGCACCCCCAGACCCAUUCAGGCCCCCCUCGGACCCAUCCAGGCCCCCCUCCGACCACCAAGCCGCCAUGCGCCAGAUCCUGGAAGGCCUCUCCAUCUCGGGUACAGCAGAAGAGGCGGAGAUCCCGGCUGGGGCGCUGACGGUGGCGCUGCUGGCGCACCAGCGCAUGGCCGUGGCGUGGAUGCGGCGGCGCGAGGCGGCGCUCCCUGCAGGGGGCAUCCUGGCGGACGACCAGGGGCUCGGGAAGACGCUCACUACAAUCUCUCUUAUCGUGCUGGGGGUGUGGGAGCAGAGGGAGAAGGAGAGGAAGGAGAGGGAGAAGGGCAAGGGGUUUUGUGAGGAAGAGGGGCGGAUGCUGCUGCUGACCGAUGCUGGUACAGAUGGCGCUGGUGCAAGUGCUGCUGCUGGUGUUGGUAAUGCUGCUGCAGCAGCAGCAGGAGGAGGAGGAAUGGGGAAGGGCAACAAGACGGAAGUGGUUGAUUUGGAGGAUGAGGAGGAGGAGAGGGAGAGGGUGAGGGGGAGAAGAGGCGAGAAGAAACGGCAGCAAGCGGCGUCAAUACCACUGGGAGUAGGCAACAGCAGCAGAGGCAUGCCUGCAGCCCCUGGGGUGUCAGCCGCAGCCACGUCAGCGGCUGCCGCGUCAGCAGCUGCAGCAUCGGCUGCUGCCACGUCAGCAGCGGGCAGCGCGGGUGGUGGCGGCAGGGGCAGGCGGGUGAGCGGCGGCACGCUGGUGGGUCCGCUGGCUGGUGUGGCGUGGUUGAGAGUGGUGCUGGACGAGGCCCAGGCCAUCAAGAACAGGAACACGCAGGUGGCGAGGGCGUGCUGGGCUUUAAGGGCGAAGCGGCGGUGGUGCCUGUCGGGCACGCCGAUGCAGAAUGCGGUGGACGACGUGUACCCGUACCUGCGCUUCCUGCGCUUCGCCCCCUACGACGAGUACGCGCACUUCCGCACCACCAUCAAGGACCCCAUCACUCGCAACCCCUCGCAAGGCUUCAAGAGGCUGCAGGCCGUGCUGCUCGCCAUCAUGCUGCGCCGCACCAAAGCCACGCGCAUAAAGGGAGCGCCUAUAGUGAACCUGCCGCCGCGCCUAGUGGCGCUGCAGCGAGCCGAGUUCACCCCGGAGGAACGCUCCUUCUACCUCUCCCUCGAGGCGUCCUCCAAGCAGCAGUUCCAUGACUAUGCGGCAGCAGGGACGGUGCAGAGCAACUACAUGCACAUCCUCACCAUGCUGCUGCGUCUGCGCCAGGCCUGCAACCACCCCGCGCUCGCCAGAGGCAUCCCCAUUGCCCGAGACAGGCCCGAGGACGAGGGGAGUGGCUGCAGCAGGGGAGGAUGCGGGGGGCGAGGGAGGACCGGGGUAGGAGGAGGAGGAGGAGCGGGUGGGGGAAGUGGGAGACGGAGUGUGUUCGCGGGGUCGGUGGGGCGGUUGUCGGCGGGGAGGAGAGCGGAGUUGGUGCGGCACGUGGCAGGGGUGGGGGGCGAGGCGGUGUGUGAGCUCUGCGCGGACGCAGCGGAGGUGCCGGUGCUCUCGGCGUGCCUGCACACCUUCUGCGAGCAGUGCGCCCUGCAGCACCUGGCUCAGUCCGACGGCUCCCCGGUCUGCCCCUGCUGCUCCAAGGCCCUGUCAGCCUCCUCCCUCUACCUCUUCUCUGAGAUUGAAAGCGCCCAGGGGGAGGGGGGUCCGGUGGGGAUGGUGAUUGGAACAGGGUUUGGGUCGGGGAGGGGAAGGGAGGCCGGCACGUUAGCGGUGCCAUCAUCAUCAUCAGCAAUAGCAGCUGCUGCAGCAGGAGGAAGGGGAGGGCAGGAGGAGGAGGGCCCGGUGUUCUUCUCCCCGUCUCGCAUGUCCACCAAGACCCGUGCUGUGCUGGACUACCUCCUCGCCCUCCCUCUCAUGCCUGCUGCUUCUCCUCCUGCUCCUGCCGGCCGUGCUUCAGCUGCUUCUCAUCCCACCUCUUCCCCCGCCCCAUCUCUCCCUUCAUCCCUCCCCUCCUCCCUCCCCUCCUCCCUUCCCUCCUCUCUCCCUUCAUCACUCCCCUCCAUCCUUCCACCCAGUUCAAGUGCGUGCAACGUCCGCGGCCCUUCUCCUAUCGCCGGCGCUCCCACUUCUCAUCCUUCCACCUCCACCCCUCCCUCUGUGGCAAACGGGGGGAUGGCGAAGGACGAGGAGCAAAGGGGCCCGGGAGGUAGUGCCGGUGUAGGGGGUUUAGGAGAGAGCACCACUGGGUGUGAGGGUCUGAGAGACGGCGUUGGUGGUGUGGCCAUGCGUGGUGUGAGACAUGGCGCGGGCGCAAGGAAUGAAGCAGGUGGUGCCAACAUCGGUGUGGGCAUGGGUGGUGUGAGGCACAGCGUGGUAAGAGAGAGUGUAGGCAUGCCUGAGGUGAAGGAGGAAUCACGUGAUGCUGGGUUGAUGCCACAGGGGGACGGGAACAACAGCGUUCAGCAACAGCAAUGGCAACAACAAGAGCAGCAGGAAGAGCAGCAGCAGCAGCCUCAACAGCCUCCUCAGCAGCAGUGGCCGGACUGGGCAGAGAUAGCUGCAAAUGCCGUGCUGGAGGAAGAGGCAGACGCAAUUGCAACGGCAGAUGCAGAGGCGAAAGUAAAGGCAAAAGUAGAGGAAGAGGCAGCAGCAGACGACACAAAGGAGAUGCCUUUAAGUGCAGCAGCAGCAGCAAGUAUGGUGAAACCGGAAUCGGUUGAUACUGAAGGGGUCAAAAUGGAAGUGAAUGAGCAUGGGAAUGCGCGGGCCGGAGGGGCGUGUUGUCCAUCAGGUGGGCUUGCAUCCGACCUACCACCUGAGUCAGCACCUGUUGCAUCUGUUUCCACACCUGGAGUUGCACCUGGUGCACGUAGCUCAGCACCUGAUGCUGCUGGCGGGGGGAGAUGCAAAGAGGAGACGAGGGAGGGAGGUGGUGCAAGGACUGGCGUGGGUAUGGAUUGGAUCAGAGGUGACCAGGAGGAGGCGGGGCAGGCUGGGGCUUGCCAUGUUUCACCUGGUGCGCUUGCAUCUGCUCUACGUACUGUGACAUCGAUACUGCAAAACGAGCCACCAGCUUCUCAUGCCUCUCAUGCUUCUCAUGCUUCUGGUGCUCCCCAUAUCCCAGAUUUGAAGCUGUCCUGCACUGACAGCAAGCCCAUUCUUCCUCCUCCACCACCGCCUCUGUACCCUCCCCCAGGCCCUGCCGUUGUUCCUGCACCCCCCGCUGCACCUGCACCCCCGGCUGCCCCUGCACCCCCUGCUGUGCCUUCUCCUGCUGCUGCCCUUCAACGCCCUCUUCUCGCCCUUCCCGCUCCUCCACCUCCUGCUGCUGCAUUGACUAACCCUGUGGAAAGCUCUGUGAUUCAAUGGACCAUGGUGCGGGAGAAGGCGAUCGUGUUCUCGCAGUGGACGCGCAUGCUGGACCUCCUGGAGAUGCACCUGGGCGCUGCUGGCAUCUCCUACGUGCGCCUCGAUGGCACCAUGUCCGUCGCUGCCAGGGACAAGGCCAUCGCUGCAUUCACCACUGACCCCGAGAUCACGGUGAUCCUCGUCUCUCUGAAGGCAGCCAGCCUGGGGCUGAACCUGAUAGCGGCGUGCCACGUGGUGCUGAUGGACCUGUGGUGGAACCCCGCCGUGGAAGAUCAGGCCAUCGACCGCGCCCACCGCAUCGGCCAGACACGCCCCGUGAGAGUGGCCCGGUUCACCGUGGCGGACACCAUUGAGGACCGCAUCCUGGAGCUGCAGGAGCGCAAGCGUAACAUGAUCGAGAGUGCAUAUGGCGAGUCAGCUACAAUGAUGAAUAAAUCACGGCUCACGACAGAGGACCUGAGGUUCCUUUUUCAAGUGUAAGUAGCCUACAAUGCAAGUAAUACUAAGAGGCAAUGAGAUCAAUGUGCUCUUCCAUCAUGGCUUUUUUACAUUCGCUGAGGGCCAUGGCUGUGAUUGUGAUAAGUGUACGGUUGACACCUAGAGCAAAGCCCUAGGUGAUUUGUCCCCGCAUUUUCACUUCUCCUUUGCCAACUUAAGUGGCCAAUGCAUGUGGUUCACCUUCUUAGAACUGAAUAAUGACUAGAAAGAGAGAGUACAGGGAAAUAUAGCCUAGAGUGUUGUACCCUCUACAGUACAAACCAAUAUUGUCUAUACU